AUGAGGAACGUCAGGUUUGAGGAGAACGAAGCGACUUAUGAUGAGAAUGACCGGAGUGGAUCAGCUUUACAACUGGAUCAAACAAAUACUUGCGGCGCGGUGGAUGUAGAUUCCGCUUUCUGCGGCAUCGUGCAAAACGUCACGUUUGCUGGCAACCGCGGCGGUGUGACCGUGUCACGGCAUAACGCACCGACUCCCCUCUUUCUCUGCCAGCCGGGCCAUUACAUGCCUGCUGACUCGUCGUUGACGAUCCCAGGCGACUUUACAGACUGCGAGAGCUUCCCCUGCGCCGCUGGCUACUUGGGCCGUGAGCAGGAGCUUCGGUCCAUUUCAACGUGCGACGGCCCCUGCCCAGCUGGAUCGUUUUGCCCCAACGGAACCGCCGAGCCCCACCCCUGCCCAAUCGGCACCAGCAACGAAGUGCCACGCGGCGCGAGCAAAGAUGCCUGCCGCUCCUGCUACUACGGCCAGUUCCAGCCCGAGCCCGGCUCCGCACACUGCUCCGUCUGCGCCGCUAGAUGA